AAUAGAUACUGAAAGCUUUUCAUAACUGUCGCCACCAAAUGUGAAAAUUUGCACAAUAAGAGGUGUCAGUUAUUCAUUUGAGUUGGCCAAGACCACAUCGAUAUCCGGAGAAUCCACGCCUUUUGUCCACAACCGCCUUCAUCAUGUGCAACGCACUUUGUGAAUGCCUCAAAUGUCCUGGCAAAGUCAUUUGCUGCUGCUGUUCGUGCGCCUGCAAGAUGCUCCUGAGCAUCGUGUUUUCUGCGCUUCUGAUGGUCGUGGUUAUCGGCCUGAUUGUCUACUUCACGGUCUUCUAUCACAAGGAUAAGGAUACGGAUACCAAGGAAGUGCGGAAUCAGGUCGCUCAAAUGGCGCCCAUUGUGAAGCGCAGUAUACGCGACUACUUCAAUAAGGAAUACUGAUCUGAGGACAUGAAUUUAUACUAUAGGCUACAUUUAUAAUAAUAAUAAUUCCGUGAAAACGAAACGAACCCAAAA